UACAUACGAAACUCAACCCAAAAGUCUAAAACCAAAACACACCUUCUAGAGAAACCCACAAAAUCAUCAACACUUUUCCUCCUUCCUUCUUCUCUCUUCUUCUUCUUCCCCCAUGUCUGAUAAACCUAGAGAUCAUUUUUACUACAACCCUGCAUUCAAUACCGAUGGGAAAACAAGCACGUAUUAUAACCCUAGGGCUGCUUCUGCGGUUUCUUCUUACAUGAGCUUGACUGAUUGUUUACACACUACUACAUCCAUGGACUACACUUCUCUCGAGAAGGCCUUCGGGUUAUCGCCUUCAUCCUCGGAAGUCUUUUCUUCCAUUGAAGGCAAUCAGAAGCAGGUUAGUGUCGCCGGUGAUUUAGGUGGUGCCAGCAGCGAGAUUAUGACAACCACCACCCCGAAUUCCUCGAUUUCUUGCUCUUCCAGCGAGGCCGGUGUUGAAGAAGAUUCUGACAAAACCAAGAAAGAAGAGCAGUCACCAAAAGAGUCAGUAGAUGGAGGAGGAGAAAGCUCUAAGAAAGUGAAUAAAGGGAAGAAGAAAGCAGAUAAGAAGCAAAGAGAACCACGAGUCGCGUUCAUGACGAAGAGUGAAGUCGAUCAUCUAGAAGACGGGUAUAGGUGGAGAAAAUAUGGACAGAAGGCUGUGAAGAAUAGCCCUUAUCCAAGGAGCUACUACAGGUGCACCACACAGAAGUGCACGGUGAAGAAACGGGUGGAGAGGUCAUACCAGGAUCCGUCAGUCGUGAUCACGACAUACGAAGGCCAACACAACCAUCCGCUGCCGACCACGCUAAGAGGUAGUUCAGCGGUCGGCUUUUUCCCUCCGUCCAUGCUAACACCGAUGCCAAUGAUGGGCGCAACGCCAAGCUUCCCACAUGAACUCUUGAUGCAGAUUAAUCAAGGCCGCAUGAAUUUUAGUCAAGGCAGCGGUGCAGCAGGAUCCAUCUAUGCACAAAAUGUUAAUCCUUUUAAUCAGUAUCAGCAGCAGCAGCAGCAGUACCAACAACAUCAUGAUCAGGUUCCUCCUGACUAUGGACUAUUGCAAGACAUAGUUCCCUCCAUGUUCUUUAAACAUGAACCAUGACUUAAUUAAUCUUCACUCCUUCAAAAUCUUUUACUCAUUGUAAAUAUACGUUGAAUAAUUAAUUAGCUAGCUAGCUAGCUAAUUAAUUAGAUUAAUUACAUGAUUUUCUAUAUCUAACUUCUUCUAGAGGCCAAGAAAUAUUCUUGAUGUGAUGAUCAGUUCUUUGGUCUCAAUCAAAGUUAAGAGAUACAAGGAAUUACGCUAGCUUAUGCGUAAUGGGAUAUAUAUAUAUAUAGCUAGCAAGCAGGGUGAGGCUAAGAUAGCUUUCAUUUUUAAAGAAAACCUAGUUUUUUGAGAGCAAUAUAUAUAUAUUGAAGGCUUAAUGUACUGGAAGUGAUCAAUGAGAGUUAUUUAAUGUUUGUGUAAGAUCCUCCAUGCAAUUAUUGAAGAUAUUAGAGAGACAAUAUAUUAUAUUAAUCCAU